AUGGCAGCGGCGGCGAAUACGACGGCCAUGUGGAUACUAACAAACGGGAUCAACAUAGGCAUCGCCAAGGAAAUCGGCUCCCGCGUGAACGAUGAACUGGUGCAGAGGCAGAUAAUGAGGUGCCACAAGCACCCGCACACUGACUUCGAGAAACUUCCGCCUCUGUGCCUGCUGGGUAUCGUGCGGGAGGACCUCCUCACUUGCGCCGACAAAUUCGAGGCAAACAAGGAAGGUUCAAUAUACAUAGAAAACAGCGGCAGCCGGCCUGAAGAAAACAAAUAUGACUUGAACCCCGAUCAUACUCACUUUAUUAUUGUUAAAGAUGAUACAGUGAACAAAACCGGGCUGAAUUAUUUCAUGCUAAAGCUGGAACAGCACUUAGCGUCUUUUUCCGACAAUCCAGACAGAGACGCAUCGGCGCUGUACUCGGCCGAAAUACCACUGAUAGCGAUCGUCUGCCAGGGAGGCACUGGAUGCAACAAGAUGGUCUUGGAACACAUCAAGAAACAGCUACCCGUGCUUGUCAUCCAGGGUAGUGGAGGUGUUGCUGAUCUGCUGGCACUCGCAUACAACGAAAUUGACAGACGUGGCGUAACAAUUUGGGAUCCUGAAUUCAUUGAGAAUGUCCUCAAGCCAGAAAUAAACUCCCACAUAUGCCAGAUGUUCCCGAAGUUUCGAGACAACGCCCUUUCAAGGAACUUGUUCAGGGACAAAAUCGUCGAGUGUCUGCGCAUUGCGAGUCAGACUCAAGACCAAAUGUACUUUACGGUCAUUAACAUUCAGCACCACCACAAUAACCUACAGCACCUUGACGACAUUCUCGUAAAAGCCGUAUUUAAAUUGCAGCACCACCAGGCUCACCAAAUUAAAAAGGACCUGCUUCUCACACUCGAUUGGAACUGCCCUCACGUAGCUAUGACAAAGGUCUUUUCAAAGGACUUCGCUCAGCAGUAUCAGAUUGACCGGGAAGACUUCGAGUACGCAUUACUGAAGCCAAAACGCGAAGAGUUCUUGCACAUUUUUCUCAAUCGAGGAUUUCUAAUUCACAAGUACUUGGACCCUAAAAGACUUCGGCAACUGUUUGCCAAGAUACAGCAUGAAGAGUUCUUUCGGACGGUUUGUUGGGAAGGAGCACUUGGACACAGCCUGCUCUCAAAAAUCGGCAGAAACUUCAUUGAAACGGACUUGAACUGGCUCAUAGAGACAACGACCAGCCUGCGAGACUUUCUCAACCAGGAGGAGCUUUCCGCCAACAGUGCUGUAGGCACAUACGUCAAGGAUGCGGCAUCGGCUGAGCGGAAGGCUCUCGUCAUCCUUUCGCUGUGGGCCGUCUUUACAAACCGUCGCAAGACGGCUGAAGUGCUGUGGAAAAACUGUGACCAGCCAAUCCACUUGGCAUUAUUGGUGUCCAUGACAUACGAGAAGCUCACCGCGUACGUCUCAGAAGGCACCAUCAAACAGGAGCUCCUAGACACGAGCAAACAGUUCGCAGCAAUGGCCUCCGGUGUGCUGAACUUGUGCUACCUGGAGUCUAGGUGCCGUGCCUACGACAUCCUGAGCGUGCAGACGGCCGAUUGGAAAUACAAGACGGCCGUGGACAUCGCUGCCGAGGCGAGCAACCGCCAGUUCCUGUCGCACCCGUGUUGCCAGAAGUGGCUCACCAACCACUUCCUCGGUCGCAUCAGCGUCCGCGAUAGUCAGUGGGGCUUCUUCAGCGUGCCACUGAGUCUGAAGGUUAUUCUCUGCGCAUUCACAUUUUUUCCCAUGUACAUAUGGGUGCGAUUCAAAAGUGACCCGCAUCAAAGGGAAUACGGUGAAGAGGAAGAAUGCGAAAGAGACUACGGCUUCUCCAAAAGCGCUACAGAGAACGUGAAGGGCGACCGGUACGACUCGGGAGCCACAGCGGCGCAGGAAGGCACCUUUAUCCGAAUGAACCCAGGGCUUUACAAGAUGGUGUACCUCAUGUGGAGCGCUCCGAUCACCAAGUUUUGGGUUCAUCAGGGUCGUCGUCGUCAAGGUAAAACGCUGAGCACGAUGAAAGGACAGAAGCUAUCAGACCGAGACUACCACUACUGGAAGCAAAAGGCGCUCGAAUAUAGCAACAACGCUGAUUGUGUGAACGAGAAUACUUUGCAGAAUCACUACGAGAAGCUCACACUCAUCUUAGAAGACAUUGACUACCAACGCACCGUGCUCGAUCAACUUCAAGGCCAAGUUCAGGAGGUUCAGCGGAAAAUCUCUCUCUCUAUCAUCCACCUCGAAACGCUGAAACAAGUUUCCCUGAGAUCUGAUCCGACGAUGCUGACUACUUCGAUGCCUGCACAAGCAGCCAUGCACUACAUAUCGCGCCAGUCUCCUUAUCCUGGGACGAAGAUACAGCGCUUCCCAGUGCCAGACAAGUUCCUUCCCUGGGAAGUCAUGUGGCUAGAUUACGAUCCUGUCACUUACACAAGGCCUCGGUCGCAGUUUCCGGGACCACUACAAAUCUACGUGGAUGAGGACAUACUGAUGCUGAGCACGGGUGAGCACGUCCAAAGUUUGCCAUCGCUCAAGUGGAACUGCCUUUCGAUGUCCCCUGCUGGCAUUAGCACUGACAGAAGAUCCUGGAUUGUAGACACCGAUGGCACGAAUAUUGUCUACAUCUUGGAGAGUGAGGGAGUUCCACGCAAUCCCGCAGGAAGAACCGGCCUAAAAGGAAAAGGCGCCCUUCCACGUUGGGGACCCAACCAUUACGUCCUCUUCAUCAUUAGCAGGUAUCAGAAGUCGCGAUCAGCUUUACUGCAAGGGAGAGGUUUGGAAAUUGCCCUUAUGAAAAUUUAUCGAACCGACCAGUUUGUUUUGCCUGGGGAUUUCGUACCGGGAGAGCAGAAAUACGAAGGAGUUAUGCGCGUGUGCUUCAAGAUUCCAGAUGGCAUGCCAAUGACAACUGCGGAACACGUCAAAGGCUUUUUCUCCGCGCGCCUCAGCGGGAACGCCGACAUGAGCGACUCGAGCCAGGUUAUGGAAUGCUCAAUAGCCCGUCGGGGUUACAUGGAUGACCCAAUGAACACGGAUAACUGUUGGAGGGAAGUUGAGCUCUGGAAGAUCCACUACUGUGUGAAAGAGAAGCUGACAGAAAAGUUUCAGGUAUGUGGAUAAAUUCUAGGGCGGUUUAACAUAAUGAAGCCAUUUUCCCUUUCUUCUGCUACC